UCUUCCGCUUAUCUGAGCCUCCAUCUUAACCGAACCUCCAUCUGAAUAUAUAAAAACACCAGUAUGUCUGAUGCGUACGUUCCUCUUUCACAGGGAGUUGGAUACGGCGUUGUUGUGGGUCUUGGCGCUGCCUUUGCCAUUGGGAUGAUUCUCACCACCUCCGUCCUCCGUCGCUACCAGCGAGAAAUCAUCACCGCCGAAGAGUUUGCGACCGCUGGUAGGUCCGUCAAAACCGGCUUGAUUUCUGCCGCAGUUGUCUCUUCUUGGACUUGGGCUGCCACAUUACUCCAAUCCACCUCCCAGGCCUACAAAAAUGGUGUUUCCGGUCCAUUCUUUUACGCCGCCGGUGCCACUGUCCAAAUCGUCCUCUUUGCCUGUCUCGCAAUCAAGGCAAAGCAAAAGGCUCCACAGGCCCACACCUAUUUGGAAAUCGUCAAGGCCCGCUACGGGGUGGCUGCCCACUCCGUGUACAUGUUCUUUGGGCUUGCUACCAACAUCCUAGUGACAGCCAUGCUUCUUACAGGUGGCUCGGCGGUGGUUAACGACCUCACAGGAAUGCACGUUGUUGCGGCCUGUUUCCUUUUACCCCUCGGAACGGUGGUCUACACCCUUUUUGGGGGUAUCAAGGCUACUUUUCUUACCGAUUACGUUCACACCGUCAUCAUCGUGGUGAUUAUCCUCAUUUUCGCCUUCACAACCUACGCCACCAACAACGUCCUAGGCUCUCCUAGCGUGGUCUACGACAAGCUUGUCGCCUUGGCGUCGGAGACCCCGGUUGUGGGCAAUGCCGAAGGCUCUUACCUCACCUUGAAGUCUCGCUCUGGGGGGAUUUUCUUUGUAAUCAACAUUGUGGGUAAUUUCGGUACCGUCUUCUUGGACAACGGUUACUGGAACAAAGCCAUCGCCUCUUCCCCAGCGUCAGCCUUGCCCGGUUAUGUGCUUGGUGGGCUUGCGUGGUUUGCGGUUCCAUUCUUGACUGCCACUACAAUGGGCCUUGCGGGCUUGUGUCUUGAGAGUGAUCCUUCCUGGCCAACCUACCCAAACAGGUUGACUCCUGACCAGGUCUCUGCCGGUUUGGUGCUUCCUAACGCCGCGGUCGCUCUUCUCGGUAAGGGUGGGGCUGUAUGCUCUUUGCUUCUCAUUUUUAUGGCUGUUACCUCCGCCAUGUCCGCGGAACUCAUUGCUGUGUCUUCGAUUUUCACUUAUGAUAUCUACAGACCAUACGUGAACCCAAACGCCUCGGGUAAGCGUCUUAUAAUGAUCUCCCAUGCCUCUGUGGUUGGCUUUGCGCUUAUCAUGGCCGCUUUCUCCACUGGAUUGUACUAUGCUGGAGUCUCUAUGGGGUACUUGUAUGAGCUUAUGGGGACCAUCAUUGGUGGUGCCGUCUUACCAGCGGCAUUGACGUUGCUCUGGGGCAAACAAAAUGCCAUUUCGGUCAUUGUGGCCCCUAUUGGCUCCACCCUACUUGCGAUUAUGGCAUGGUUGGUGUGCACCAAGGCCAAGUUUAAGUGGAUCUCCGUGGACAACACCUUCGAGGACGAUGCUAUGCUCACCGGUAACCUUGUGGCGUUGUUGACACCAUGUAUAUUGGUUCCAAUCCUCACGUAUUCCUGUGGUCCUCAGAACUUUGACUGGAACAUCUUGAAGAAUAUCAAACGUGUGGAUGAGACUACCGAGAUCAUCGAGGCAACCGAAAAGUACAACAGCCCAGACGUUGAGGCUAGUGCCGAAAAUAAUUCUGACCACUCGACUGCCGAAGUGAAGACGGAGUUGGAAACCCACGCCGAGGAUUUACACCCGGUGAAGUCGGUGCUUGGGAACAUCGCAUUGGAUGUCGCCGUCACCAGAGUCGACGAAAUCGCCAAGGAAGAAGCCCUUCUCAAACGCUCAGCGAAGAUUGCCGGGAUAAUCUGCAUCACAUUAACCCUCUGUCUCUUGAUUCUUUGGCCAAUGCCGAUGUACGGCACUGGCUACGUGUUUUCCAAGAAGUUCUUCACCGGCUGGGUUUGCGUGGGGAUCAUCUGGAUCUUCUUCACGGCCGGUAUGGUUUGUGUAUACCCGAUCUACGAGGCCAGACACGGGAUAUUCACACUGGCCAGGGGUAUAUACUGGGACUUGACGGGUCAGAGCUGGAAAUUGAGAGCGUGGCAGACCGAGCAUCCGGAGGAGUUGCAUGUGGUCAAGUCUCAGAUCGAGACAGAGUUACAUCGCGAAGGCGGCGAGAUGACUUUGAUGCAGAGACUCGCAGAGUAAUUUUUGGAAUAAUACAGGCUUAAUUUGAGCUAAAGCGUAGUUGAGUAGGGAUUUUGCGUACGUUAUAUAACCUUUGC